CGGCCUGUUCCUGUUUAGUACAGGUGCUCCUUUUCCUCCUCCUGUACACCACUGAGUAAAAAUGGCGGCUGUAGGUGACACAGGCCCUACUGGUCCGACUGGUCCUACAGGAGAUACUGGUCCUACUGGUCCCACAGGCCCUACUGGUCCCACUGGUCCUACUGGGGAAACUGGGCCCACUGGCCCAACAGGCGAAACCGGAGCAACUGGGCCUACCGGUCCUACAGGACCAACUGGAGAAACUGGGCCAACUGGAUCAACUGGACUAACCGGUCCUACUGGGGAAACUGGUCCCACCGGACCAACAGGGCCGACAGGGGUAACUGGUGCAACAGGAGUCACUGGAGUCACUGGGUUACAGGGGCCGCCUGGGGACGACUCGGAUGGGUUCGAUAGUGAUUUUUUGUCAUUAGCCGCUCUAGUCUUAGGCGGGCUAUUCCUUUUUCAGUUUUUGCAGGGUGGCCUUGGUGGUGGUGGAGCGCAUCCCAUACCUCAUCAGCCACCAGUCUAUCAUGGAGGUCUUCAGGAAGUAGGAGUGGUCCAGGGUGUAGGACUUAAGGGCCAUACACAGGGAAUUUCAAACAUAGGCUACACACAUGGCCAACCUUAUACUGGAUACACCUAUGGCCUGCCUUCUACGGGUUACAACUAUGGACAGCCUUAUACGGGUUACAACUAUGGCCAGCCUUAUAAGGGCUACCAAUAUGGAACGACUUCAUAUUAUGGUUGACUUGACUGACCAGCGGCCAACAAAACUACGGACUGGCCGGACUUUAUUCGAAUGCCCCAGGUUCAAUAGCCGGGCUUAGCAGAUGAGACUUAAUAAAGUA